ACUCAUGGUUCCAUGUCAGCAUGCAUCUUAUUGUAGUACAGUAGUGUUCUGGGUCUCAUUGAUGGCAGCAUCAGGCAACAUCAGGCAGCAGGUCUGCGAUCUGCAGGGUCACCAUUUUCCCACAUUCACACAGAGCUCUGUGACCACCCCCUCCCAGUGGUCCAGCUGCUCCCCUGAGAUGCAGCUAUUGUUCCCCCCCCAAGCAUGAAGCAUGCCGCAUGGUGUUUUGUGUCAUCCAGCUCUCUGAUUGGCUGCCACUGUGAGAAAGUGCAGCCAGAGCCAGAGGCACACAUUCAUAUGGAGAUGUAGGACUAUAAAUAGGAGGCAUGAAGCCAGUAGAGAUCACAUUGUGGACAGCACACACAUCCAGCCAUGGCACCUACAAUCUCUACAAACUCUCAGCAGCAUGUGACACUCACACACAAGCUCAGAAAGCCUCUGGUGGAGAAGUUACGCCGAGAGAGAAUCAACAGCAGCAUCGAGCAGCUCAGGUCUCUCCUGGCUCCAGAGUUCCUCACGCAGCAGCCGGACUCCAAGCUGGAGAAAGCAGACAUCUUGGAAAUGACCGUCUGCUUCCUGAAACGACUCAAGUCUUUGGACGGCUUGGUUGUCCAUCAGGGUUACUCCAGUUGCGCUCGUGAGGUGGACGACUUUAUGUCGGAGGAGCGUGCGAGGAUGAACUUCCAGCAGCUUCAGUCUUCCUGUGAGGAGAAGCUGGGAGAGGAGGCCCUCUCUCCUCUGAGCUCUGCAGUUCACAGCAGCAUCACUAAGGAGGAGAGCAGCGCCCCCUGGAGGCCCUGGUAG